GUCUUAUCUAUUAUUUGUGUGCGGCUCGUAAUAGCUGUUGGCGUCGCGUGUCUUGAGCCUAUCCUUAAUAUCCACUUCGUUUUAGUUAGUUCCGUCCACAGACAACAUUAUAAAAUAGAAAAGGAUUUUAUUGUAAAAUACAUUUUAUUGAACAAUCAAUUUGUCUGUUGUUAUAAUAAUUAUUAUACUAGUCUGUUAGUUAGUUUUUAAUACAAUACCGGUUCGUUUUAUAAUAUAACUUUUGUGAAUUAUAAAAACAUUAUUUAGAACAAAAUAUAUUUAUAACUCUUUAAGUUUCAAAACUGUUCAAAAUGUCCGAGUACGACAUACCAAUGAAGACAAUGGCGCUAAUGUCAGAAUGUUAUAAAUGUUUUUAUUGUUUCUUCCAAAUGGAAACUCUAAGUGAUGUUACCCUUACAUGCGACGAUGGUGUGCAGAUUUAUGCUCAUAAAAUUAUUUUAGCUACUGCAAGCUCAGUUUUUUUAUCAAAAUUCAACGAUAACGUUGAAAACGGCCAAAAAAAUAACAUUUUUAUAAAUGCAAUGGAGUCGAAUAUUUUAAAAUCAAUCGUAACUUGUGCAUACACAUUUAAGUUAGACAUCGAGAAAGAUAAUAUAGAAAAAUUAUUAAAAGCUGCUGAAUACUUGGAUUUUAAUCACGCAAAAGAUUUAUGCUACAGUUAUAUUAAAAAAUGUUUAAACGUUGAAAAUUGCAUUCAUUUCAUGGAAUGUGCAAAGCCACUCUCGCAAAAAGGGCUGUACACUUAUUGUUUUUUGUAUUUCCUAAAUAAUUUUGAAAAAAUUGUAGAAAACGAAUCACUAUUAAAAUGUCUGUAUCCAAUGGAUUUCGAUGAUGUUCUUGAGAUUAUAUCAAAUGAUAAUUUAGUUGUUAAAUCUGAAGAAAAGAUCUUUGAUUUUAUCGUUGGAUGGAUAAAUUAUGAUCUUAACAAUCGAAAUCAAUAUUUCCCAGUUUUAAUAAAAUACUUGAGAUUACCAUUGAUUUCGGCAAGCGGACAUAAACGUAUUUGCAAUGAAUCUUUACUAGAGACUCAUAAAGACUGUUUGAUGGAUAUUAUGAGAAAAAUUAUUUGCGAAAAUGACGAUGCAAAAAUCCAAAAAAAUACAGUUAGGAUACCCAAUUCGUACCAACCAAAUAUUAUUUUCGCAAUAAAGGAUCGAUCAACUGACGAUGGUUCAUGUGUUAUGUACAUGGAUCUUAGGUGCGAGGAAGACUUAUGUUGGAAAUCAUGCGAUAAUUCAUUUCUUUGUCCUCGUCGUGACGCAACUCUGGUCGUCUCGGAAAGUGGAAUAUUGCUUGCGAUUGGUAACGAUAGUGAAGUAUCUAAAAACUGGGUAGACGAAUUAGAUCUCACUUCUACAUCGAAAAAGUGGGUGUCUACUAGCCCUAUGUUAACAUUUCGAACCCAAUUCGCUGUUUGCACCCAAGGAAACUAUAUAUAUGUCGUGGGUGGUGAAGAUAUCAAAGGAAAGCCGUUAAGUUCAAUCGAAUAUUAUGAUACGUGUUCGAAAAUAUGGCACGAAAUCAAAGAACCGAUGCCAAUCCCUCGGACCCAAUGCGGUGCAAUAAUUAACGAUUGCUGUUUGUACGUUUUUUUUGGUCAUGUGGAAGAUCUUGAUAGAAGAGUAGACUGCUACAAUAUAAAUAAAAAAUAUUGGACACAGCUUGAUCCCAUGCCACAUUCUAUACAAUACCCAUUAUGUGUUACAAACAGAAGAAACAAAAUUGUUUCAUACCAUUUAGUUGAUGAAACUAACGGUAUAUACAAAGGCUUUUUUUACAGCAAUUUACACGAUUUAAUAUUGCAUAAGCAAGAGGAGGAGGAGGAACCAAAUUGGUGUAGUUUGUGUGUUGUAAAGGAAAAUGACGUCUUGUUAUUAUCUGAUUCUUAUAAAAGAUAUAUUUCAAAAAAAAAUAAAUGGAAAAAGGUUAACUUGUCAAAUAAAUUAUCAACCAUGAACGGCUAUAUAAUUUGUCUUAAUGAUGUAUUCUUAAAAACAUAUGAUAUUCACCUAUAAAACAUAGUAUAUUUAACCGAAAUUAUUUUUAUAUUAAGUGGCGCCAUUUGUAUAUUACGUGUAAUAUUUUAUUAAAUUCUAAGUGGGUCAGAGAAAAUUUUCCAAAUUGAAAUCAUAAAAUAGUGUUAAAU